UAAAUCUCCCAAAAAAACCAUAGAAGAAACUAGUUUUAUAUUGUGGUGUGUAAUAAUCUUAAAAGGCCUUAAAGCCUCGUUUCCUUGACAUUUGUACAAUUUCCUUUCUUUAUCUAUGAUUAUCAGAACUUGUCGAUGUGUGUUUCUUUUGAUUCCACGAUGACUAAUUGUGAUACAGACAAGUGUUUCUAUUUUCUCUUGUGUCUACAAACUUAUUUCCACAAAAUCAUGGAACAAAACAGAGAAAUGGAACUGAUUUUGUCUCUGUUUACCACUUUUCUGUUUUUGGCAUUGUCUGGGAGAUGCAGCGACAAGAACGACUUCCCCGAGGGCUUCACUUUCGGAUCCGCCACUUCUGCUUAUCAGUGGGAAGGAGCUUUUGAUGAAGAUGGGAGAAAACCUAGCGUCUGGGAUACUUUCCUUCACUCUCGUAACCGAAGUAACGGAGACAUAACAUGUGAUGGGUACCAUAAGUACAAGAGAUGUGCAGAUCAUGGUGGAAACUGGCUGAGAUGCCUUCAGAUUCUCCAUUUCUUCGUCUAGGCUUAUACAGAGUAAGAAGUCUUCUUAAACACGCUUAAUGUUUAUGCCGGAACUUUACUUGAUGAGCACUUAUCUCAUUUCGAU